AAUUGAAGUAGAAAAAAACGUGGAAAGGAAGAGCGAGAGAAACACAGAAUGGGUUGAGAAACGCGAGAAGACAACAAAACUGAGAGCAAUAGCAGAAGAAGAAGAAGAAAGAAGGGACUUCCGCUUCCCUUUCAGCGAAUGGGUGGAAGAUGGAUAAAAACCCUCUCUUCCCUUUUGUAUAACAACAACCACCGGCACAUAUUAACUCCACCUUCUUCUCCUUCACUAUCCAAACCCCACUUUCCCUUUUUCAUCAACCGUUUCCUCACUGUCGCCGCAAUCCCUUGUCAUAUCGACCCGGAUCCGAUUGAUUUGGAUCAUACUCGUGGAUUCGGUGCCCCGGAGGAUGAUCCCUGUGUCAAAGUCCCCAUCAAGGCCUUCUUCCUUUCCACCAGUAUAAAUUUGAAAGGCAUUCAGGCUGACAAUCCAAGAAACAUUGUACCUCCAUCUUCCCGCUCAGCAUUAAACUAUGUUGCUCUCCGCUUCUGCAACUAUAAUUUGGAUGCUAAUGGACAUGGAUUUCAUGUGAAAGCAAGCAACUGUCGUUAUAUGGUUGUCUACCAGUAUGGAUCCGCUGUUUUGUUUAAUAUUGAGGAUCAUGAAGUGGAUAUUUACCUGCAACUAGUUAAGAGGCAUGCAUCUGGUUUACUUUCAGAGAUGGUGAAAGAUGAUUAUGCAAUAAGGGAGAAACCACAAUUAGUUGAGGAUAUGCAAGGUGGUCCAGACUACAUAGUUCUGAAAUCUUUAGACACUGAUGGCAUUCGAUUAAUUGGAAGUGUGCUGGGACAAAGCAUAGCUCUGGAUUAUUUUGUCUCACAGGUUGAUGGCUUAGUUGAAGAGUUUGCAGGCAUAAAUCGUGGAAUGGAGAAAACCGGAACUUUCACCAUGGAUAAAAAGAAGUUGCUUCAGCUUGUUGGGAAGGCUAACUCCAAUUUGGCUGAUGUGAUUCUUAAAGUUGGUCUCUUCGAAAGAUCAGAAAUUGCUUGGAGGGAUGCAAAGUAUGCUCAAAUAUAUGAGUAUCUUAGGGAGGAGUAUGAAGUAGCACAACGCUUUGGAAACCUAGAUUACAAAUUGAAAUUUGUAGAGCACAAUAUUCAUUUUUUACAAGAAGUUCUCCAGAACAGGAAGUCGGAUUUCUUGGAAUGGUGCAUUAUUGGUCUAUUAUCAAUUGAAAAUGUUAUAUCCAUAUACGAGAUUCUAAAAGAUUCAAACGCAGUUUCGUAGUAAAGUAGCAGAAAGGUUGAAGCUAGAUUAAGUUAUUGUUACAGUAGUUCUUCCCAUUUUUGAGCUAAUCAUAAUUUUGCCCUUUGUAUUUAUGAUUAAUAAAUUCACAUAUUCAUUGAA